CUUACAAUGAUGAUUUGCCGUGCCUUUUUAUUCCUGUCCUUGAUUCUUUUCAUUGGUUUUGUCAGUGGCGUCCCUGUCAGUAAAGAGACCGAAGACCAUUUAUCAAUUCUAUCACGUCGGUCUGUUGAUACACGCUUAUCUUCACGCUAUAUAGUAGGAGGACCCAAUCCGCUUUGCAGUCUAUUGGAUGCCCUCCCUCCUCCUGGAGAUAAUCUGAAAGGUAUUUUGGGUUGUGUCCCAGUGACAAAAAAUGAAAAUGAGCCGCCAGAUCAAAAAUAAGCCCAAGCAGCAUCUGGAACAGGAUCAGGAGGACAAUCUGGAGGAGCAACUGCUAACGGAGCAACUAGCCCUUAAGGCACUAGUGACAAGAUUAAUUAAAUUUGCAAAAAGAUAUCAUUUCUUUAUCCUUUAUUAUGUUUUUUAUUCAAUGAUUCAUCAUCGUUAAAAUAAAUUGUUUUAUUGUCCAAGUAAAAA